CCCACUAAAAGCACUCGCUGUCCCGCAGACCCUUCCCGUGGAGACGACAGAGUAACUUUCCGCGAAGGGAGUCAUUUGCGAAGACAUCGCAACACCUGCGGCCGCUUAGCCCAGGAUGAGCGGUGAUACUUAUUCUAGAGACGGCGGCAGGCAGAGCGGCGCGCGAAACUAUUCAUCGCGCGAUGAUGAUCGAGACAGGCGACGGCGACGCUCGAGGUCACCCCGCCACGGCUCUCGCCGGGAUUACGAAGUCGACACCUAUUCCUCAAGCCGGGACUACCGUGAGCGCGAACGCGAGGACACUUACGCCCGCCGUGAGAGGCGCGAGGACCGAGCCUGGGGCGAUUCCUACUCGAGGCGCGACCACCCCCGCCGUGACGAUGACCGCGGCUAUGGACGACGGGAACGGGAGGGCCAUGACGAUCGCAGCAACCAUGGCGACAGGCGUGAACGUGGGGAUCGAGACCUUGACCGUGGUGGACGCGGCAGACGCGGUGACCGCGAUAGGGACGGCGGGUUUGGUGGAGGAUUUGGAGGACGGGACAGGAAGAAGUCCCAAUCUCCUCCGUACAAGAAGCGCGAGCCCACGCCCGAUCUUACCAACGUUGUCUCAAUUCUGCAGCGUCCGCGCCGCAUGACGCAGUGGGAUAUCAAACCUGCUGGGUAUGAAAAUAUCACGGCAGAGCAAGCUAAACUGUCCGGCAUGUUCCCCCUUCCGGGUGCUCCACGCGCUGCACCGAUGGACCCAAGCAAACUUGCUGCCUUUAUGGCUCCAGCGGCAGGAUCCGCUUCUGCCUCGGCCCUCAAGCCAGAGAAUGCAAAGCAGGCGAAGCGGCUGCUUGUUUACAAUCUCCCUGCUAAUAUCUCAGAGGACCUGAUUGUUGGGUUCUUCAAUCUCCAGCUCAAUGGGCUGAACGUUGUCUCUGGAGACAACCCAUGCCUUUCAGCUCACGUUUCCAAGAACCGCGAUUACGCUCUGCUUGAGUUCAAAGCUCCAGAAGAUGCGACCAUGGCUCUCGCUUUGGAUGGAAUUCAAAUGGAUGAGGAUGCGGGUGAUCCGGAUAGACCGGGGCUCUCGAUCCGUCGUCCGAAGGAUUACAUUGCCCCUCUCAGCAGCAGUGAGAGUGACCAAACUGAGGAUGGGGCGUCCUCAAUUGUCAAAGACAGUCCCAACAAGCUCAGUAUUAGCAACAUCCCUCCUUUCGUCGAGGAUGCCCAAAUCAGGGAGCUUUUGGAGGCGUUCGGCGAAUUGAAAUCUUUCGUCGUGGUCAAGGAGAUUGGGUCCGAACUGAAUCGGGGUAUCGCGUUCUGCGAAUACGUCAAUCAAGACACGGUCGAUGCUGUCAUUGAGGGGUUGAAUACUAUUGCCCUCGGCGACAAGAACUUGAAAGUGCAGCGAGCCUCUGUGGGUGUGUCCCAAGAUGCAACCUUGGAUGGCGGAGUCAGUGCCAUCUCUAUGCUGGCCGGCUCUAAAUCAAACGGUCCUCCGGAGGCUGGACGGGUUCUCGUACUCAUGAACAUGGUCACUCAUGAUGAGCUAUUGGACAAAGACUCAUAUGAAGAGAUCAAGGAGGAGGUUGAAGAAGAGUGCUCCAAGUACGGCCGGAUUCUGGAGGUGAAGAUUCCUCGUCCCAGCGGCGCCCGCGUCAAUCCCGGUGUUGGCAAGAUCUAUAUCAAAUACGAAACCCCCGAGUCUGCCCAAAAGGCUAUCAAGGCUUUGGCGGGUCGAGCUUUCACCGGCCGUACGGUGGUCGUCACUCACUUCUCAGAGGAGCUUUUCGAUGUUGAUGCUUGGUGAUCAGCACCUGAACACGAUGCGGUGGAUGUCUGGGGCAAGAAAAGGCCACCCCAAGUUUCUGCGAUUCCCUUAGCACAAUUGCUUUCUACACUGUACUCCCCAUUUUCCACCACAGUCAGGACUCAUCCGGGAACUCUCGAUGCUGAAAGACUUUGGAAUUUCCAAGGGCUAGACUUUGGGAUCAUGAUUUGUCGAACCGGCUUGUAUGGGGGGAAGUUAUUUCUGUUUUCUGUGUCGCGUUAUGGAGCUCGUUGCAUGUAUUUGUGGGGUUUUAAGAAUAACCAUUUUCAUGGAAGGAAAAGCCUGGGAUAGUUUCUGUCAAUAAUGCUUCCGGCUCAGUCGUUUGUACACUGGUUUAAAGACGGAGUAGAAGGGUCCGGCUUGAAUACCAGAUUGAGAUUCCCAAG